UGGUUUGAGAAUCAUCUGCAGUUCAAACACAUAUUCCACAUGCCACAGGCUGGAAACCACAAGGUUAUGGGCAUGUGGAUACUCCUCCUCCGAACCGCACACAUUACAAAGGAAAAAGAGGCAUGGUUUGUCGUGAAUGGAUGUCCCAUUCGCUAUGGUAUUAGAGAACAUGCUUUGAUAUCUGGAUUGAACUGUCGAAACUAUCCAUUGAACUACAAGGUAACCAGAGGCACGAAGUUUGUGAGGAAAUGUUUUGGCGGUGGAAUAAUAAGAUAUCAAGACAUGAAAGCAAAAGUUCUUGAGGGAAUGGAACCUUCUCAUGAUAGGUUGAGGCUGUUGGUCUUGUAUUUCCUAUCGAGUGUUAUUUGUGGGCAGACAAAGACCGGUAAGGACGCCCCUUCCGUGGAGCCAUUCUUGCUGAGAGCAGUUGAUGAUCUCAACUUAUGUAAAACGUUCCCUUGGGGUAGAUUAUCCUUUGAUUACAUGUUGAAGGAGAUUUCACACACCAUGAGUCAUUUUAAAGGGGAGGUGAAAGAAGGUGUGAUAUUCCGGGUUUUUGUAUUCCAAUGGAGCUCCUAGCAUUUGAGGCCAUUACGAAAUUGGGGAACAAAUUCCGAGAGACCGCUGAAGACGUAGAUCCAACAUGUCCAACGAUGUGCCAAACGAAGUUUAAGAGAAGUUAAAUGAAGGGAUUUCCCCUAUCGAAAAUAAAUAAAGAACUUGGUGAUACUAAGGAAAUUGAGAACAUCUUGUCUGUUUCCGAAGAGGAACAAAUUCUACUAGCUCGGAUAACAAAACCAGAGGAUAUCAGUGAUAAUGAUGACUUGAUUGUCGAGAGUUGGAUGAAGAGGCUGGCUCGUGGAUAUGUUGAAAGGUUUGAAGAUAUGUUUGAGGAGGAUGUGGCUGCCCGACAAGCCCCUCCCCCUCAAAAUGGUGGAAACGAGACAGGAGCCACCACCAAUGAAGCAGAAGAGAACACGGUGAAGAUAAAUGAACUGUUAGACGUCUUUAACAGCUUCAAAGAAGAUAUGGGAGAGCGGAUGAAGAGGGUUGAGGAAAAGGUGGGAGAGUUUGACCUAAGACUCGCUGCCUCAGAAGAUUAUGUUCAAGAGCAGAUUGUGGCUAUGUAUGCGGCUAGGGAGGAAGACGACAACUCGCAGAGGCCAAAGAAGAGACCAAAGAGGGACUGA